GCGUGACACCAGCACCAGCAGCCUCAGAGGCCCAUGGGGAACUCGACGUCCAAGAAGGCCAAGCGCCACUCCGUCAGCAACCGCGAGCUCGAGAAGUUCACACAGCCGACGGGCUUGUACCCGAGCUGUCCGUGGGAGCUCAAGGCCGCGCGCCGGCUCAUCGUCGAGCGCAAGAUCGCGCCGCGCUUCCCUGGCCGCGAGGCGAAGGAGGGAUGCUUCGCGCUCGAGUGCCCGAUCUGCUUCAUGUUCUACCCCGGCAGCCUCAACAUGUCGAGCUGCUGCAACAAGCCCAUUUGCUCCGAGUGCUACCUGCAGAUCCGCCCGCCGCAGAAAUCCAUUUGCUGUCCAUUUUGCAACCAGGAGGCGUUCACGAUUCGAUACACGGCGCCGUCGCCUGCGGAGCUGGCGACCAUCCGCUCCAUGAAGGACUUGAGGUCUCCGCGCCGCAGCAGCGCCAUCGGCAUCCCCAAGCGCCCCGAGCCGUCGCAGCCAGAGGCGACCUCCAGUCCUCAUAGUGUGCAGUAUGCGUCGGUGGAAGACCGACACCGCAUCCGCGACUCGCUGCGCUCGCAGCUCAGCAUCAGCGACAAGCCGGUGACCAACAGCCCGCACCCGAACAGUAUGGCGUCGCUUAAUGAUGCGGCGUCGCAUCUCCUCGCGACGCCCGCGGACGCCGCUCGUCUUGAGGAGUUGAUGCUGCUGGAGGCCAUUCGACGGUCCAUGCAAGACCUCCGCGUCGGAAAGAACGACGAGCAGAGAGGAGGGUCGCAGAGCAGCCAGCGGCCCACGCGCGGCAGUGGCGAGGACGAAGACAGCGACGGCGACUACGCCGAUGUGGCGCCGCUGAGCGCGUCCCAGAUCACGGUGAGCGCC